CGAAACAUCUAUUCCAGUAUCAUAUAGCUAUAGAGAAGAGAAAAAGAACUAGUGCGAUGAAAACAUACGUAGGAAUGGAGGUGAUGAUGAUGGUGGGAAUCGUAUUGUUCAUGUCAAUGCAAUUUAUGCCAUCAUCAGCGCAAGAUUCCUCGUUUUGCUGGAACAGGAUCAUGACAUGCCGUCAGGGCGCCCAUACGCCACCCGAAUUCCGGGAAGUAUGCUGUCCAGUGUUCACACAAAUAAUAACCAAUGAAACACCGUGUUUCUGCAGCAUCCAGCCUAAUCUAAAUGCCACCGAUGUCGACGGCAUCUCUAUGCUUCUCUCUCUUUGCAACGUUGGUGCAACUUUUGACACAAUAUGCCCGGGUGGUACUAGUCAAAGCCCACAACAAGCUCCAUCUUCUCCACCACAAUCUGCUCAGUCUCCGACUGCUCUAUCUCCAGGUCCUAAUUCAAGCCCUAGUGUAACUCCCGCGGCCCCAACACCAGGUUCUAGUUUGAGCCCUAGUCCUAGUGGUGCUUCUCCUGCGGCCGAACCAGCAUCAUCAGAGACGUGCUGGGAAGAAAUUGGGCAAUGCCUCACAAAUAAUGUGAAUAGCACAGAGCCACAAUUUGAUACAUCAAGCCCGUCUUUUAAUGUCACCGAAUUCUUUUGCUGUCCUCUCAUUCAAGAAAGUGCAAGAAACGAGAAGCAAUGUUUCUGUACCAUGAACACCGUUAUUACACAAGAUCCCUCCUUAGCACCCAAUGUUACCCAGCUUUUGGGUGCGUGUGGUAUUGCCGAUUCUGUAGCUUCUCUUAACAGCUUUUGCCAAGGUGAAGCUCCAACUCCAAGCCUUGCUCUAACUCCGAGCCUUGCUCCAACAACAAGCCUUGCUCCACCUCCAAGCGUUCUGCCUCCAAACGUAGCUCCAACUACGAUGAUGCCACCUCUAGGUGAAGAAGGGCCAAGCGCUGCUCCAGGCCUUAUGACCCCGCCUCCAGGCUCAGCGGAAAGCCCCAUGGCUUUAGGACCUGUAGCGAAUGGAGAUAACACAGACAGCUUUACACCUGAAGGAAGUGCCGCUAACAAGAUUGCGAUGGCUGGAUCAUUUUCUAGCUUACUUGUUCUCUCAAUAUAUCUACUGUUUUAGUAGAUGGAUCUGCAUAUCUUCUAAUGAUUUUGAUAAAUGUAAUGUACUGAAGAUUCUUGCAUUUUCCCGACAAUAAUAUGACACGGUGUUUUCUGCUUAAAUUUUUGUAUUAUUAUAUCAAGAUUCU